CCCCCGCCGCCCUCGGCUCCUUUUUCUCUCUCUCUCUCUCUCCUUCCCUGUACCCCCCGCCCGCCGUCUGUCUCCGGCCUAUAAAAGGAGCGUCUGGCCGGGGUUUCCUCUCUCACUUUGCAGUAGAGGCGACUAGCUGGAGCUGGCUGUGGGGAGGAAGGGAGAGAGAGUCCGUCCGUCCGUCCGACGACAGCAACAACAACGAGGCGGCGGCCUCUUUCUCCUCCACCACCACCAGGCGCACCCGAGUGGCAGCUAGGCCUGUGACGCCUCCGUCCCGCUUCGAGCGACCGCGGCUUGGGCCUCCACCCGGCCUCGGGGCUGCCUCGCGGGCCCCUCCCCCCCUCGCUCCCACCCCGUCGGCGCCAUGAGCUCGGGGACUCCGUACAUCGGGAGCAAGAUCAGCCUCAUCUCCAAGGCGCAGAUCCGCUACGAGGGCAUCCUCUACACCAUCGACACCGACAAUUCCACCGUCGCACUCGCUAAGGUACGUUCCUUUGGAACUGAAGAUCGUCCCACAGAUCGUCCUGCUCCUCCGAGAGAAGAAGUUUAUGAAUACAUCAUCUUCCGAGGAAGUGACAUCAAAGAUAUCACUGUAUGUGAGCCGCCAAAAGCUCAACAUAAUCUGCCUCAGGAUCCUGCCAUAGUCCAAUCGUCCUUGAGCUCUGCCUCGGCAUCAUCCUUCCAGCCACAUGUGCCUUACAGUCCCUUCAGAGGUAUGCCACCCUACAGCCAGCUUGCCGCCAGCUCUUUAAUUAGCCAGCAGUAUGCAGCUUCCCUUGGUUUAGAGAAACUGGUAAGCCCUCCAGCAUCAGCAGCUGCUUCCAGUCCUAGCACUUCUUCGUCUCCUCAGCCAGUUUCAGAGCCUGACUUGUCAUCAGAGCCACACCUGCUGUCUUCUAAGGGUGCUGCUUUUGCCUCUGUUCAUUCAGUGCGCAAAAGUCCUAUGGUGGAGCAGGCUGUUCAGACGGGCCCCAUUGACAACAACUUGCAUCCCAAAAAGGCUCCUCCAAUCAAAGUCACUCCCGCAAUCCCACGCAACACACGGCAGAUUCCACAAAGUAGCAAGACAAGUGAUACAGUUGAGCCAACACCUAUACAGACACAAGGGCAGGUGAAUGAUGAGAAUAGAAGGCCCCAGAGGAGGAGAUCAGGGAACAGGAGAACCAGGAAUCGUUCCAGAGGGCAGAACCGACCAGCUACUGUGAAAGAGAAUACAAUUAAAUUUGAAGGUGACUUUGACUUUGAAAGUGCAAAUGCACAAUUCAACCGAGAGGAGCUGGAUAAAGAAUUUAAGAAGAAACUUAACUUUAAAGAUGACAAAGUUGAGACAGGAGAAGAAAAGGGGGAGCCUGCUGUGGCUGCAGAUAAUUGUGAUGGCAAUGCAGAUGAGGACCUUCUAGGACCCAAUUGCUAUUACGACAAAUCAAAAUCUUUCUUUGACAACAUCUCCUCAGAACUAAAAUCCAGUUCCAGGCGCACAACAUGGGCUGAAGAACGGAAGCUCAACACAGAGACAUUUGGUGUUUCUGGGCGGUUUCUCCGUGGCCGUAGCUUUCGUGGUGGAUUCCGAGGUGGAAGAGGGUCUGGAGCUGUGCGGCGAAGUCAAGCCACCCCCAGAGUGGGCACUGGAAGAGUGUGAACCUAGCAGGGUUCUCACGCACAUUGCUACGAAGACAUGUACAUAGGAAGGAGGGAGCAAUCAAAAUUGCUGCACUUAAACAUGGGUGAAUGGAGCAUUAUGUUCACAAGCUUAAACUUGGAUGACACAGUUGCUUGUGUGUCGAAGCAGGAUUGGGGCACAGAACUCGAUCACUGGAAUAACUUGAAAAGGAGCAUUUUCACAACCACCUCUUCAAGGAGUUCUUUAUUUUCUUUUUUUCUGAGACAUGCAAUUUGUGCUGCUUAUAGGUUCAAAGGCUGCUGUAGCGGAACACAUAGAACACUCAUUUUGUUUUCUGAAGGAGAUCAAACGCAAAAUUAAGUUCUUCAAAAGUGAACCAAAGCUUAAUUGAAACCAGCAAUGUUUUUUGUUCUGAGGAACCAAGGUCUUGCUGGUCUCCUUCUGUUUGCCCUUCCUCUUAAGUUUCUCUCCACCCCAUCCCCACCCUGGUUCAAGCAGACUGUUUCAGUGUCUGGGAAUGGAUUCUAGCGCAGGAAGAGUGUGUGUGUGUGUGUGUGUGUGUGUGUGUGUGUGUGUGUGUGUGUGUGUGUGUGUGUGUGUGUGUGUGUAGUGUGGUGAUGAGAAUUGUUGCUGAUCAUGUGUGUAACCCUGGGUUCACCACUUCAGAAGUUUCUCUCUGGAGCUGUACAACAGACUUGGAGUGCUGGUCACCCCUUGAAAGGAACACUGUCAAAAGAAUCUACAGGCCAGUGGUAUAAGGGCUGUUCUCCAGCCACCCUUCAGUUAAUAGCAUGAACACGGAGUUAUCUGUAUAUGGGAAGGCUAAAAGUUAUGGGGUGCUCUUGCAGCUGCUCUUUAAAGGAGACUAUUGCCCCCCUUUUUUACUUCAGGGGAAAGUCUAGGCUUCUGGCUUAAAGCUCAUCUCUUGGGGAAAGAGAGAGCAAUAUGUGUUUGUAUGUUGUAAGACAUGGAAUUCUCAAAACGGGGAAGGGGAACGCAAAUGAAGCUUAGUGAACCAACAUGUUCAGUUCCUUCCUCGAAUCCCCGCCCCAAAUUCUGUAAAUAGUUCAGGUAUUUUGCUUUUGUUUUUAAAAUUGUUAUUUGGGGGGGGUGAUUGAAAAGUUGGUGUGUAGGGAUUAUAAACUUUUGCAUGAAAAUGGGUUAAGCAUUUAGUAAUAGGCAUGUGUCCCUUGUUAGCUAUAGGAAUGUCUUUGUUGAAAGGCCUCUAACAGAUGCCAUCCCUCCUUUCAUGUCUAGCUUCUUUUGGGUUCCCCCAGGACAUGUACUGAUUUAAAUUGCUGUAAAAGCGUGGGUUUAUUUUGUAGGCCUCAAUCACAAAGGAUUACGCAUUGUGAUGGGGUUGCUUUAAUGGAGUCCUGUAAAUUGUAAUUAUAAAUAAACAUGUACAUGUUUAA